GCACAGGACGAGAAGGGCUAGUGCUCAGCUUGGCCACGAGACACGGCUUCAUGCUAGGGUUCUGGUAGCUUCCUCUUCCAUAUUUACUUCCGUGUGGCCCCAGGGGCCCCCAGAGGCAAGCGCUGUUGUCCCUUGCCCCAGGCCACCCUCCAUCUCCAGUUUGGAGCCCUGCCCCCCUGGGGCUGGGCCAAACCCAACUACUGACUGGGAUUCCAUGGGGGACUGGUAGGUCAAAGGUCUUGGGGGACAGAGGUCCCGGGAACUGUGGCCAUGAAGUCUCGGCAGAAAGGAAAGAAGAAGGGCAGCUCCAAGGAACGAGUGUUUGGGUGUGACCUACGGGAGCAUCUACAGCACUCGGGCCAGGAAGUGCCCCAGGUGCUACGGAGCUGUGCGGAGUUUGUGCAAGAGUACGGAGUGGUGGAUGGGAUCUACCGCCUCUCAGGGGUCUCCUCUAACAUCCAGAAGCUUCGGCAGGAGUUUGAGGCUGAGAAGAAGCCAGACCUGCGGCGGGACGUUUACCUCCAGGACAUCCACUGCGUCUCCUCCUUGUGCAAGGCCUACUUCAGAGAGCUACCAGAUCCCCUCCUCACUUACCGCCUCUAUGACAAAUUUGCUGAGGCAGUGGCUGUGCAGCUAGAGCCAGAACGUUUGGUCAAGAUCUUAGAAGUGCUUCAAGAACUCCCUAUCCAAAACUACAGGACACUGGAGUUCCUUAUGCGCCAUUUGGUCCACAUGGCCUCAUUUAGUGCCCAAACCAACAUGCAUGCUCGCAACUUGGCGAUUGUGUGGGCCCCCAACCUGCUGAGGUCUAAGGACAUAGAGGCCUCGGGCUUCAAUGGCACAGCAGCGUUCAUGGAGGUUCGUGUGCAGUCCAUUGUUGUGGAGUUCAUCCUCACCCAUGUGGACCAGCUCUUUAGGGGUGAUUCCCUCUCUGCUGGUGUAGAUUUGGAGAGCGGAUGGAAAUCACUUCCAGGAGCCCGGGCAUCAGGCAGCUCGGAGGAGCUCAUGCCUACAUCUCUUCCGUACCACUUGCCUAGUGUCUUGCAGGCUGGGGAUGGACCUCCACAGAUCCGACCCUACCAUACUAUCAUUGAGAUUGCAGAACACAAGAGAAAGGGGUCACUGAAGGUCAGGAAAUGGCGCUCUAUCUUCAAUUUGGGUCGCUCUGGACACGAGACAAAACGUAAACUUCCACUGAGGACUGAGGACAGGGAAGAAAAAUCCAGUAAGGGGACACUGCGGCCUGCUAAAAGCAUGGACUCUCUGAGUGCUGCCGCUGGGGCCAGUGAUGAGCCAGAGGGACUGGUGGGGUCCAGCAGUUCUCAGCCAAGCUCACUGAUGACUGAGAACUUGGAGAGUAGUUCCAUGGAUGCAGCAGAAGGUGAACAAGAGUCCGAAGCAGAGGCACAGGGCAGUGCGAAUUCUGAGCCAGGAACUCCACGAGCUGGGCGGUCGGCUGUUCGGGCCUUAGGGAGCAGUCGAGCGGAGCGCUGUGCUGGCGUCCACAUCUCAGAUCCCUACAACGUCAACCUCCCUCUGCACAUAACCUCUAUCCUCAGCGUACCUCCAAACAUCAUCUCUAACGUCUCCUUGGUCAGGCUCACCCGAGGCCUUGAGUGUCCUGCCCUACAGCCCAGGCCAAGCCCUGCCUCAGGUCCUGGCCCAGGCCCAGGCCUUGGCCCUGGCCCCCCAGAUGAGAAAUCAGAGUCAAGAUCAGUCCCAGGUCCCCUGGAUGACUUGAGCCCUGAAGACAUGGCUCCUGCCCUGGAGGACUCCUUGUCUCAGGAGGUGCAAGAUUCCUUCUCCUUCCUAGAGGAUUUGAGCAGCUCAGAGCCUGAGUGGGUGGGGGUGGAGGACAGGGAGGUGGCCAAGGCAGAAGCCGCAGGAGCAGCAGGAGCAGCAUCUUUCUCCCUUGGGGAGGACGACCCUGGGAUGGGCUACCUGGAGGAACUCCUGAGAGUUGGGCCUCAGGUGGAAGAGUUCUCUGUGGAGCCACCCCUAGAUGAUCUGUCUCUGGAUGAUGCACAGUACGUCCUGGCUCCUAACUGCUGUUCCCUUGAUUCUGCUGUUUCCACGCCUGAUGUAGAAGAGGACUAUGGGGAAGAAGUCUUCUUGAGUGCCUAUGAUGAUUUGAGUCCCCUUCUGGGGCCUAAACCCAUCAACUGGGAAGGUGUAGGGAGUCUGGAGGAAGAGGCAGCAACGUGUGGGAAACAACCUCUGACACAGGCUGAAGAAGAACAGGCAUGCUCAGAAACCAGGCAGGACAAGGAGGCCGAGCCCCGAAGCACAUCAGAUAACGGGGAAGAAGCAAAGGCAACUCCAGAGACUGAGAUCCAGGCUGGAAAAGCUGAUGAGGAAGGAGGGGAGGCUGAAAAAAGCCACACGGUGAUGGGUAGUUUUGAAGAAGGGAGUAGGGAAGAGCUAGAGGCCAAGGAAGAAAAUUCCAGAGGUCAAGAGGUUGAAAGUAUAGAGGAGACCAAGGAUAUGGGCAAAACAAGAGGAGAGCAGGGUAAAGAUGAGAAGGAGAGAGAGAUCGGGAGAAAAGAAGGAGCUGAUAAAGGAGAGGACACCCCAGUAGAAGCUGAAAUGGAUCCAGAGCAUGUGCUCCAGGAAUACCUGGUUCCUAAGGAGAGCUGGGAAGUUGUCCACAAACAUGAGGGUGAGAAAGGCAGAGAGGGUGAGAUCAAAGAACUGAGGCAGAAUAAUGACCGUAAGUCAGGAGAGGACCAAGGACACAGUGAAGACAGUACAAGUCCAGAAGAAGGUGAUGAUGGGAAGGAAGAGGGUGUCAGCAAGGAACAAAAAAGUAUAGAUGUAGAAACUGAAGGCAUGAGGGGCAUUGGUGACCACUUCGAAGAGGGGGCUCUCUCUGAAGGGCCAGAUGUCGAGUUACUGAGGGUUGAAAGUACAGAAGAAAUCAAUGAACAGUCCUCUGAGAUGGAACAAGCCCCACUACAGCCAUCUGAACCAGAGGGGACGGAAGCUGAGGGACAGCUCAAUCCUGAGACAUGUGAUCUGUAUCCUUGUCCUUGUGGGUCAGCUGGUGGUGUGGGCAUGCGUCUGGCUUCUACCCCAGUUCAGGUCCGCCAGGUCCGCUCUGUUCCUGUAGUGCCCCCCAAACCACAGUUUGCUAAGAUGCCCAGUCCAAUGUGUAGCAAGAUCCACAUAGCACCUGCAAGCCCAUGUCCCAGGCCUGGGAGGCUUGAUGGGACUCCUGGAGAAAAAGCUUGGGGUUCUCGAGCUUCCUGGAGGAAUGGGGGUAGUCUUUCUUUUGAUGCUGCUGUGGCCCUGGCCCGGGAACGCCAGAGGACAGAGGCUCAGGGAGUUUGGCGGACCCAGACCUGUACUGGGGAUUAUAGCUUCAGCUCCAGAACCUCUCCUUGUAGUAUGAUCUCUGCCCAUUCUUCCCGGCCCCUUAGCUGUCUGGAACUCCCACCUGAAGGCACAGAAGGGUCUGAGCCCAGGAGUAGGCUUAGUCUGCCUCCUAGGGAGCUUCACCCUGCUGUCCCUCUUGUGGCCCCUCAGCGCCAGACAUAUGCAUUUGAAACACAGACUAAUCAUGGGAGAGAUGAAGGAGUGUGAUUAGAACUGGACAAGAGGGACCAAGAAAUCAUCACCGAUCUCUGGAGUACUUGCCUCAGCAGCUGAGAUGUCUACUUCCAGUGGCUUGGGUCCUCCAGCUAUUUGUUUUGACCAUGGGAGGCACUGCCUUGUUGGGUUUACUUGAGUUUGUGUUAGACACAAAGCACUCAUGUCUUAGCAGAGUCUUAAGAAAUAUAGAGCAAUUUUGUUUCCAUGGAGUUGUGAUUAUUAACCCAAACAUAGGUUAGGUAGAAGCUUUUUUUUUUCUUAAAUUUAAAUACAGAGGGGGAAUUCCGGUCAAACUCCAGCCCUCUUCUGAGGCUGUGAACUUCUCUUCACAGAAGCCUAGGAUAGAUGUGGGAGAAAUAGGACCAGAUAUAGAAUAGCUUACCCGUUUUGUUCCCAGAUCUUUGGCUAUCUCCUGACCCUCUUUAGUUUCAGAGUAGGAGAAACAUAUCCAAGAAGCUCUUUAAAGUCCUCAGUGUUUGCUGAAGGAAAUGGAUGACACCCUCUGCCUUCAAUUAUUUUGUAGAAGAGGUCCUGUAAGAUCUCUCUGGUCUUUCUUUUUCCCAAUAGAAUAACCUCUUCCUAUUUUAGAAACAGGGAAUGUCAUCACUCUGGUUCUAGCACUGUCUCUGCACAGGCUGGGGCUACAGGUCCCAUUUAGCAAUGGUGGCUGUUUGAUAAUAAAAGCUGAUUUUUUUUUUACAUUUAAAUAGUGUAUGUACUUACUCUUAUUAAAGUUUUGGGUGAAAGGUAUCACAUUUGGAUGUUACCAAAAUGUAUAUAUCUCGUUUUUCUUAUUUAGAUAUUAUUCCUCAGUUGUCAUGGAAACUUGUAGCUAGAAAGUAGAACUGGGUUCAUGGUGGUCAAUUAAUGAGGAAGAGAAACCUGUAUUUACAUAAUGUUCAUCUAAUGCCAGGAAUUGGGCUAGGUUUGUGUGCAUAAAAACUUUGCACUUAAAUUUGUUUGAUCCACUUAAUUUGGUGAAGUUGGUAUUGCUAUUUCCAUUUUACAGAGAAAAUGAGCUGUAAUUAAGUAAAAAAUGCUUGUCAAAGA